UCAGCAGCAAGAUACGACGUCGCAUUGAGUCAGAUUAAAAAUGCUAAUCUACAAUUUCUGAAGAUUGGAUUCCACUCUGAACGCAGCCAUGAGCAACCUCAUAGGAUUGAAGACCUCAAUAUCCACUAUUAUCUUUCCAUUCAACGCAGAAAUACCAAAAUCUUCCCCCAAAAUUUCAACCAUAUCCCCAUCGAAACCUACAACAACAUCACCCACCAUCUCCGCAACCAAGAUUUUGGCCACCAGUGUUUCUGCUGUACCAGUAGAGGAGCAACAAGUUGAGGUUGAAAUUGCAGAUGGCUACACAAUGACCCAAUUUUGCGACAAGGUUAUUGACAUGUUCUUGACUGAGAAACCCAAGCCCAAGGAUUGGAAGAAGUACUUGGUGUUUCGUGAAGAGUGGAAAAAGUACAGGGGUAGGUUUUACACCCGGUGUCAAACCCGAGCUGAUGCCCAACAAAAUGACCCUGCAAUCAAAGAAAAAUAUACUAGUUUAGCAAGAAAAGUUAAGAAGAUUGAUGAUGAAAUGGAGAGGCACGAGGACCUUCUCAAAGAGAUACAGGAUAGUCCUAGGGAUGUUAAUGCCAUCGUUACCAAGAGGCGCAAAGACUUCACUGGUGAAUUCUUUCGUUAUCUGACUUUGUUGUCAGAAACUUAUGAUAGCUUGGAGGACCGAGAUGCUAUGGCCAGACUUGGAGCAAGAUGCCUAACUGCAGUGAGUGCUCAUGAUAACACACUGGAGAUUGUGGAGACACUAGACACGGCCCAGCAAAAAUUUGAUGACAUCCUAAACUCUCCUUCACUUGAUGCAGCAUGUGAGAAGAUUCAAAGCCUUGCCAAGACAAAAGAACUUGACUCUUCAUUGAUUCUAUUGAUAAACGGUGCUUGGGCGGCGGCUAAAGACUCCACCACCAUGAGAAAUGAGGUAAAAGACAUAAUGUAUCACCUGUACAAGACCACUCAGAGUAGUCUGAGGAGUAUGGCACCAAAAGAAAUAAAACUACUUAAGUAUUUGCUUAACAUUAUAGAUCCCGAGGAAAGAUUCUCUGCAUUGGCUACAGCUUUUAGUCCUGGUGAUGAACAUGGAGCUAAAGACCCAAGUGCUAUAUACACAACUCCCAAGGAGCUACAUAAAUGGAUAAAAAUCAUGUUAGAUGCAUACCACCUCAACCAAGAAGAAACUGAAAUUAGGGAAGCAAAACAGAUGAACCAACCUGUUGUUAUCCAGAGGCUUUGCAUCCUUAAGGAAGUCAUUGAAGAGGAAUACUUGGAGCAACAAGUUAAUGCAGAAAAAGACCCGAAAUCAGAAGAGUUGUGAGGCUUAGUAUACCCAGACCCAGUCUAGCCCUUUUGUACAGUUGAUGAAUGAUCAUUAUGGAAAUAUCAAACCCACAAGUUAAUCAAUCAUUUUUCUCAAGUUUUCCAUUGUUCCCUGAGCUUGUUCUCUUGUUACUUCCUAUACCCUAUGUUAAUUGUUACCCGGCAUGAUUGCAUGAAUCCUUGGCAUGUUGACUGA